AUGGCUUCACCGCCGGCAGACUACCCGCGUCCGGAUUUUGUGAGAUCAGCUCUUCACUGGGAAAGCCUCAAUGGUCCAUGGGACUUUCUAUUUGACGACGACGAUAUCGGUCAGGCUCGAGGCUGGCAUCGACAAGCCCUACCAACCCAUGCAGCCUCUUCACAGGGCAAGCCCAACGCGAAGAGGACAAUCCAAGUCCCGUUCGUCUUCCAAGCUCCAGCAUCAGGCAUCAACGAGAGAAGCGUUCAUCAAGUCCUGUGGUACGAACGUCGCAUCGAAGAUCUCCGGAUCCCCGAAGAGAAGGCCGAGGGUUUCCGUCUACUUCUGAGAUUCGGCGCGGUCGAUUACCACGCCAAAGUCUGGCUCGAUGGACAGUACGUCGGAGAGCAUCAAGGCGGCCACGUACCGUUCGACUUGGACCUUACAGAGGCAAUUCACUUGGCACAAAGUGCAUGUCGGUUGACGAUACGCGUGUUCGAUUCAGCCUAUGAUUUGACGCAGCCCCGUGGCAAGCAGUACUGGGGUCCGCAGCCGGAAAGUAUCUUUUACACGCCUUCUAGCGGGAUCUGGCAGUCUGUCUGGCUUGAGAGUGUGCCUCAGGCUAGGCUUGUCGAUGGAAGCUAUGGUACCAUCAUCAAGUCGACAGAUAUCGAGACGGGGAUUAUCGAUGCUCGGAUAGCUACUUCCGGCAGGCGUGUUGGUCAGCCAUUGGCCAUUGAGGUGCAGACUAGCAUCGGAGGCGUGGUUGUUGGCACUGAACGCAAAGACCUACCGCGAGACGAAGACUUCGUUCGCUUUUUUGAGGUCAACAUGCGACUAUCUUCAAAUCACUUCGAGCGACUGCCACGUGAAUUCCUCAACAACACGCCUCGAGACGAUCCUCGAUGCUGGCGUAAUGGUGUAGCACUCUGGUCUCCAGAAUGCCCCUUCCUAUACGACUUGACCUUACGCCUCCUUGAUCCUUCUGGACGACUCCUAGACGAAGUACGAACAACCACUGGUAUGCGAUCCAUCAACUGGUCAACCGGAGACGGCACCUUCCGUCUAAAUGGCAAGCCUUACUUCCAAGCACUCUUCCUCGACCAAGGCUACUGGCCAGACACUCUCAUGACUCCACCAUCCCCCAACGCCCUCAAACUGGACAUCGAGCUCUCUAAAGCCAUGGGCAUAAACGGCUGCCGCAAGCACCAAAAAGUCGAAGAUCCAAUUUUCAUGUACUGGGCCGAUCGUCUCGGCUUCCUAGUCUGGGGCGAAAUGGCAAGCUGCUACCACUUCAGCGUCGAAAUGAUCCGUCGCUUCGACGAAGAAUGGAUGGAGAUGAUCCGUCGAGACAUAAACCACCCAUCAAUCAUCACCUGGACCCCCGUAAACGAAAGCUGGGGCUACCCAGAUCUCACCCACCAAGCUCGUCAACGAGACCACAUCCGCUCUCUCUACUACACCACCAAAACCUACGACACAACCCGCCCCAUCAACGAUAACUGCGGCUGGGAACACGUCAUCACCGACAUAUCCUCUUUCCACGACUACGCCGACGCAAACGGCAUGCGCGACCGCUGCAAAUCUCUCCAAGAAAUCCUCACGCGAGGGAGAACCAUGUUCCUUCCCCCAAUCCACUCCCACCACUCCUCGGACCCAGGCUCCACCCACGCCCGCGGCGCUCCAAUCAUGUGCACAGAAUUCGGCGGCGUCAACAUCGCAGCCUCCAACGACGAAACUCGUAAAGGAAACUGGGGCUACACCACGGCCAAAGACUCUCAAGAUUUGCUCCAACGCGUGGAGAAUUUGAUUCUGAAUACUGUCAGGCAAGGCCACGUGUGUGCAAUCGUUUGGACUCAAUUCACAGAUAUUGAACAAGAGAUGAAUGGACUGUAUUCUUAUGAUCGAAGGCCGAAAUUGGAUCCAGAAAAGGUUAAAGAGGUUGUGGAUGGGGCGAAGCAGUUGUAUUUUGGGAAGUUGAGGGAGAGGGGGGUUUAUGUAUAA